AUGAUUUUUACAUUAAUAACUUUUUCAUUUAUAUUCGUCUUAGGCCUGAUAGGCCUAACAUUUUACCGAACACACUUACUCUCUGCACUUCUAUGUCUUGAAGGUAUGAUGCUAUCUAUUUUCAUAGCUUUUUCCCUAUGAGUCCUCCAAAUGGAGUCAGACAACUUCUCUACACCUCCUUUGCUACUUCUUACCUUUUCGGCUUGUGAAGCAAGUAUUGGUCUUGCUUUACUAAUUGCUAUCGCACGAACCCACGGCUCAGAUCGCAUUAACACCCUAAACCUGUUACAAUGUUAA